AUGUUUAUUUCUAAUUCAUACUUUCGCUUCAUUUCAGCACCAUUACGUGCAAGUCUGGUUGAUAUUCCUCCGAAUGCAACAUGGUCAGAGAAUGGUAUCACUGUUGCUGCAGGGAAUGGAAAAGGCAGUGAAACCAAUCAAUUCUGGAGUCCAUUCGGUUUGUACGUCGACGAUGAUCAAACCAUUUAUGUCGCUGAUCACAGGAAUCACCGUAUUGUGGAAUGGAAACCUGGUGCAACGAAUGGCACAGUAGUUGCUGGAGGAAAUGAACAAGGGUAUGAAACUCAUCAAUUAAAUCGACCAAAAGAUGUGAUUAUCGACAAAGAGAGCGAUAGUCUCAUCAUCUCUGAUUACGGGAAUAGAAGAGUAGUUCGAUGGCCUCGUCAAAAUGGUACUCGUGGAGAAACAAUUAUUUCCGAUAUUUGUUGCGUGGGUUUGACAAUGGAUGACAAUGGUCAUCUGUAUUGCGCUGACUGGGGAAAACAUGAACUAAGACGAUAUAAAAUCGGUGAUACUCAAGGCACAGUAGUUGCAGGUGAAAAUGGACAAGGAAAUCGUCUCGAUCAACUUUCUAGUCCCUACUACGUAUUUGUUGAUCGAGAUCAUUCAGUUUAUGUGUCUGAUGCGGCAAAUCAUCGCGUAACGAAAUGGGAACAAGGUGCAAAACAAGGCAUUGUCGUAGCCGGUAGUGAUGGACAAGGAGAUAAUCUUACACAAUUGCAUUGGCCUAAUGGAGUCGUUGUUGAUCAAGUGGGUACUGUCUAUGUGGCUGAUGAAAGGAAUCAUCGAAUUAUACGUUGGCCAAAAGGAGCCACACAAGGAAGUGUGAUUAUUGGUGGAAAUGGUGAAGGAGUAAAGUCGAAUCAGCUCGCUUCUCCCGUUGGCUUAUCAUUCGAUCGUCAUGGCAAUCUCUAUGUCGUCGACAAAGAAAAUCAUCGAGUACAAAAAUUUAAUAUUCAAUAA